AUGGGGAGUAGUAAUGGUGCCACACCAGGCAUCACAUUACCAAGCGUAUCUGGACAAGCAGCUGUCAUUCGUAAGGCAUAUGCUGCGGCGGGUCUACCUACAGAUGACACUCUUUACGCUCAUGGAACAGGAACUCCGAGAGGCGAUCCUAUUGAGGUAGAGGCUCUUUCGUGCGUCCUGCAGCACAAAUCUGGUCGCGCUACAAUGAUUGGCUCUGUCAAGACCAAUCUGGGCCAUAGUGAGGCCGUGAGCGGCAUCUUGAGUGUCAUCAAAGUCGCCCUCGCACUUGAAAAUCGACUUAUUCCUUCCACCAUCGGCAUUCGUCAUCUCAACCCGGAACUCAAGCUCGAGGAGAGAAAUAUUGAAGUCGUUACUACCUCUACCGAAUGGCCAGAAGAAAUAACACCGAGAGCCAGUGUCAAUUCCUUUGGGUAUGGCGGAGCGAACGCACAUGCCAUAAUUGAGUCUGCGAGUCUUCACGUUCCCGAGGCCUAUAGAUCCACUCCUCACACAGCCGAUAAUUCCAACACAUAUCUCUUACCCUUCUCGGCUCGAACCUUGAAAUCUUUGCAGGAGAACGUUAAAGCCGUCGCCAGCUCUGGAUUGACUAACCUAAACAUCACUGAUCUUACAUACACCCUAGGAUCCCGCCGAUCUAGAUUCCCGACCCGCGGCUACAUGCUUGUCAAUCCAAGCAGCUUGUUCAACAGUUCCGAUCACGAUCUUCAAAUACUACGUCCGUCCACAGAUGCUUCGCCUCGGUCUUUGGCUUUCAUUUUCAAUGGUCAAGGAACCCAAUAUCCGGAGAUGGACGCAAUCUUAGAGCAAACUUCGACAAGCCAGCUCCACAGAGCUUCUCAUUCCCAGACUGUCUGCACAGCUAUACAAGUAGCGCUUGUUACCCUCAUGAAAGAGUUUGGUAUAAGACCAAAAUCAGUCAUUGGCCAUUCGUCUGGUGAGAUUGCGGCUGCGUUUGCGUCUGGAUAUCUGACAGCCGAAGAAGCCAUAAUGAUUGCUUACUAUCGAGGGCUCACUGCUUCAGAGCUUGACAGCAAAGGUACUAUGCUUGCUGUAGGUUUAGAUCAUCAAUCCGCGGAACAGCUAAUCUCGAGUCUCGAUAUACAGGACAAUGUCUGCAUUGCGUGUAUCAACUCUCCUAAAAGUACUACCAUAAGUGGUAACGUCAGUACAGUCGAACAGCUGUUCUUAGUUUUGCAAGAUCAAGGAAUAUUUGCCCGCAGAUUGGAGACUGAUGACAAAGCUUAUCAUUCGCCCGCUAUGAGAGUCAUCGGUCAUCGAUACGAGGCUCUCUUGUCUGAGCUCAACUUAGGAAAGGAUGCGGAUCUUUGCGCCAACGGAACUGUAAAGAUGUUCUCUUGUGUUUUGCAAAAGGUGGUCGGUAAGAGUGAGGUGAUCAGUCCUCAAUACUGGCGAAAAAACCUCGAGUCGCCUGUACUCUUCAGUGACACUUUGGAAGAACUUUUGCUCAGUGAUGAGCAUCACUUGAUCGAGGUCGGCCCACACCCUGCUCUUCGCCAACCUGUGCGCGACGUUCAAGACAAAGCCGAAACGUCUGCAAUUUAUUUUUCGACUCUUUCUCGCUAUAAGAAUGACGAACAAUCCAUGCUGAAGCUGGUAGGCGAUCUUUACUUGCAUGGUCAUGAGCCUAUCUUCGAGAACGUCAAUGAAGUAGACUCCGACUUCUGCCAGUCGCCUUCAAGGCCUCGAGUCUUACCAAACCUCCCCCACUACUCCUGGGAUUAUGGACCUAUAAUGUGGAAAGAAAGUCGUGUCAGCUCAGAGUACCGCCAGAGAGCCUUUGGCCCCCACGAACUCCUCGGCUCCAGAGUCCCUGGCGGAUCGAAGACCACAGCAUCAUGGAGAAAUCUUUUGAGGAUGAAUGAAGCACCCUGGCUUCAAGAUCACAGAUUGGGGGGGACGACAGUAUUUCCUGCAGCUGGCUAUCUUGCGAUGGCGAUCGAGGCUUUACUGCAGGAAUGUCAAGCCUCUCAUUACUCGUCCAUUUUGUUUAAGCAAGUCCAUCUGAAAAGCCUUCUAGUCUUGCCUCAUGAAAAGGAAGGCGUCGAAAUUUUCACGAGCAUCAAGCCAAAUAACCCCUCCAGCAUCACAUCAUCGAAUUCAUGGUGGGAUUUUGAAAUCGCCUCAUAUGCUGCAAAUGUUUCAACCCUUCACGUCAACGGCUCCAUCAGAAUCUCUACUGAUGAUUCUCCAAUGAAGCCGAAAACCAAAUUCUCGGAGGACUCGUUCGAAGAGCAAGCCUCGCGGACGUGGUAUGAUAAGUUGAAUCGAGAAGGGCUUUGCUUCGGGCCGGCGUUCAGAUCAUUGUCGCAGAUCUUCACUGAUAGAUCAAAAAAGAUGUCAUGUGCUGUUGCAAAGACGAUUCUGUUUCAGAAAAACGAUAAGCCUUUUGGUCAACGUUCGAGCUACAUUGUGCACCCAGUGAAUAUCGAUGCAAUGCUACAAGCUGGAAUUAUAGCCUCGGCGUCUGGGACUGUCGGUGAACUGCGCAGCAAGAUUCCAGUUCUAAUUGACUGCUUGAAGAUAUCAGCCGCAAUACGUUUGGAUGCAUCGAAUGACUUUUCCAUCCGGGGGUCUUCUGAGAGCGUGGGGUUCGGGACUGCGAUACUAAGCGCAGACUUUGAGAGCCGUACAGGUCAGCAUCUGAUGCAGAUGAGUGGCGUUCGAGUCGUUGCCUAUGUGGACAGCUUGCUAAACAAGGGGACUGUGGCGGAACGUCAUCCAGCAUUAAGGAUCCUUUGGAAACCGGACAUCUCCACAUUUGAGAGUACGUGUGUGCCAGAGCUUACAAAAUGCAUUAGAAGCUUCGCCUCGCAACUUCCAGUGGACGUAGGUAGCCCAGAAGCUCCAAGGAUAGCUGCAGCUAUAGACCUGUUAGUACACAAGAAUCCGAGAAUGCGCAUCCUUGAGCUCAGCAGUACUGCUAGUAGUCGAUUAGCGGGUCUCUUAAACAUAAUAGGUAUCGGACCACCGCAGAAGCGAUUCGAAUCGUACGUGAAGUGUACCCUCGAUCCAACCGGAGGGCUAUCGAGUCACGAGGUUGCAGGCAAUCUCGCAGCUGAUGAGAGAGUUAUCGACUUCACGCCAUGCAAACUUGAAUCGAUCUAUGACAUCGUGAUUGUGACAUCCGAUACUGCGGACACAUUCGAUAUGUACCUAGAUCACUUAUCUAGCAACAUAAGCGUGAAUACCAUAUUUGUGUUCACGACAGGCUUUUCUUUUGAUCCAUCCUUGUUUGAGCAGCCUCUCGACAUACUGCACACAGAUUUCGAAGAUUCGGACGUGAACAUAAGCAUAGCAAGACCGUCUCAAAGAUCGCACACACUGUUCGAAUCUAGCAAACAUAACUAUAUAAUGAUCGUGGCAAAUAGAGACAAUCCCUUGAAUCAUCUUAUUGCUGCGACAUUGUCCGAAGCUCUUGGAUUUGACGUCCAGCAAUUGUCUUUAAAUGAGGGACCAUUGGGUACUGUAGCACCGGGCUCUAUUGUUAUUACAACUCUUGAACUUGAAGAGCCUCUCCUAGCAGAUAUGACCGACCAUCAAAUGCAAAUGGUCAAGCGCAUGAUCGAAAAUGCGUCAAUACUUCUCUGGGUAACAGGUGGAGCCCUCUUCAAGGCCCAACGCCCAUUAUUUGCGCUCGUACUGGGUCUAGCUAGGACAGUGAUGCUAGAACGACCGGCAUUGAAAAUGCCAGUCCUGGACUUGGACAAUACGACUCUUGACUUGGCUAUUUCAGCUCAAAACGUUGUACUCGUGCUUAGGCAGGCAAUGCACAGCCCCAGCCCCGAGUCCGAGUAUCGGCAGCAGGAUGGGGUCUUGCAUAUUAGCCGUCUUACUCCGGACCGCCUGGUAAAUCAACAAUUCCGACAGACAAAGAACGCCGAGCUCGCCUCGAAGUCGCUUGAGUCAGCCGGCAACUGCCAGCUCAAUAUUCGAGAUGUUGGACAAAUAGACACCCUUCAUUUCAAGCAACAACCGGCGGCUGCUAGUGAGUUACCAGAGGGAAACCUGGAAGUGCAAGUAAAGGCUAUUGGACUGAACGCUAAGGGCUAUUAUGCUGUCAGCAGCCGAACAGAUACUAAGAAUUCUACCUUUGCGUUGGAGUUUAGUGGGAUAGUGACCAGAACAGCUUCCAACAAUUCAAAGUUCAUGCCGGGCGACAGAAUAGUUGUAAUGGCACCUUCUCAAUUUGCGGCUUACGAAUGGGUUCCGGAGUUUGCAUGCUGCAAGCUGCAACCUCACGAGGAAUUUACUACACUCUCAACCGUUCCGCUUGUUUUUUCGACUGCACUCUACGCUUUGGAAGAUCGUGUCUCCUUACAAUCAGGAGAAACGAUUCUGAUACAUUCCGCGGCUGGUGGACUUGGAAUGGCGGCUGUUCAGAUUGCACAACUCAAAGGUGCCGAGAUCUUCGCUACUGUUGGCACAGAUGAAAAGAAACGGUUUCUGGUCGAGAAGUUCAAUAUCCCAGAGGACCAUAUUUUCAAUUCUCGCAAUUCAUCUUUCCGUUCUGGUAUUCUUGCCGCAACAGAGAAUCGGGGUGUUGAUGUGGUUUUGAAUUCCCUGACUGGAGAUGCCUUUCAAGAUAGCUUGCAAUUAUGUGCAGAAUUUGGCCGCUUUGUGGAAGUUGGCAAAAUGCCUUCAUCCGAGUACGGAAGCUUGGACAAGCAAAUCUUCUCUCGAGGAGUCACCAUCACGGCCUUUGAUUUGACCAGUCUUUAUUGGUCCAAGUCUAAGGCUAAGCGUCAGAUCUGGGCAGACCUUUUGAUCCGCACACUCCGUUUACUCAGGAUAGGUGAUAUUGAGGCAAUUAAGCCGUUGAAGAUCUUCAGUGCCUCAGAAGUCGUGCAAGCCUUCCGAUACUUUGCUCUCGGCACUCGUCUAGGAAAAGUCGCCAUCUCUUUCGAGGAUCUCCAGACACAGAUACAGGUUCUUCCUAUCAAAUCCCAUUCUACCUUCAGCAACGAAAAGGCAUAUAUAUUAGUCGGCUGUCUUGGUGGGCUAGGUCGAAGCAUGUCCCGUUGGAUGUUGGAGCGUGGAAUGCGAAAUUUCGUAUACCUAGGUCGAUCCGGAACCGAUAGGCCAUCCGCAAAAAACCUUGUACAGGAUCUUGAGGCAGCUGGUGCUAACGUGAUAGUUGUCCGUGGGGACGUCACAAUUUUUGGAGAUGUUGAUAAGACGAUUGCAGCUACACGUCGAGUUAUAGGUGGCGUUGUGCAUGCUGCAAUGGGUAUACAUGUCUCUUUGUUUACAAACAUGCCAAUUUCCACCUGGCAUCAGGGUAUAAAUCAGAAGGUCCAGGGCGCUUUGAACCUGCACAACGCUCUUCGAGGACGAGAUAGCGGUCUCGAAUUUUUCCUCAUGCUGAGCUCCAUCACUGGGAGUAUCGGCACGGCCGCAGAAAGCAACUACUGCGCUGCUAACGCCUUCCUUGAUUCUUUUGCGGGUCAUAGACGCAGCCAUGGAUUACCGGCGACAUCACUCGGCUUGGGUAUGAUUUCAGAGAUCGGCUUUCUCCACGAGAACCCCGACAUUGAAGCCGCGCUAUUGCGGAAAGGUGUUCACCCGUUCACAGAAGACGAACUGAUCCAGAUCAUUGAUAUUGCCCUUACUCCACCACCAGAAGAGCUGGUUUCUGACUUCGAUCAAGGCCUCGCUGGGAAUCACUAUGGCCAAGCUCAUUUGCUCACCGGCCUUGAGCUGUAUGGCUUCCAGACCAUCAGAGAUAAAGGCUUCAAGCGGGGGACACAGGUCCUUGAAGACCCACGAUGUGCCAUCAUUGCUGGCGAAUUUGCGAAUUCAAGCGACUCGGACCAUGGUGAAGGUGCCGAAAGCCAGACCGAUAAUGGCCUUCCUCAAAGCGUGGCCGCCGGUAUUACAUCUUGCGAGGAAAAUGCCGUCCCCAAUGAAACAUUGCUCACCGCGAUUCUGGCAAUCGUGACAGAGAGACUUGCUACCCUGCUACUGGUUCCACCGGCUCAACUUCAACAGCAUAUGCACUUGGCAGAUUUUGGAGUUGAGUCCAUGCUGGCAGCCGAAUUCCGGGGAGACAUGGUCCGAACGUUUGGUGUUGACGUCUCAUUUGCUAUGCUGCUGGAUCGUAGAACGAAUAUAGAUAUGGUGGUAGACAUGGUCGCUGUGGAUCUAUUGGCUCGCAAGGUCAAGAGUUGA